AUGGCCAAAGCUGGGUCUUCCGGUCUUGGCCCAGAACUGGGAAACCACAGGAAACGAAAAGAAAGUCUAGAUUCAACUUCUUCACACCCAGCGGGUGAUAUACCAGUAGUGGGUCAACGUGGUAUGGCAGAGUUGUCCGAGGGGGCAGCGCCUCCAGAGGAUCAACAGAAUUGGAGAGCAUUUUACGAACAUCCUUUGACCGCAGCCACAACAGCAAUGCUCAACAUCGGGGGCGGUGCUGAAGACCAAUCCACAGCGAUGGGACUGAUUUACGAAUACUACAAAUUACCUGAUUCCAAAGAUAAAUUAGCUGAUAUUUGGUCGUAA